AUGCGUGGGUUAACUUUAAUAACAACAGGCUUGAGCCUCCUGUAUCCCGCUACCGCCAUCCUCGUCGCAGAUAAUUCACCUUGCGGAACGGUGUGUGGCAACGUCCUUGACUCGACUUCCAGCGACGAUGUUGUCUGCCACGAGGGCGAUUAUAGCAGCGGAUCAGGCAUUGUGUUUCAGCAAUGCGUCACAUGCGAACAAAAUAGUGACUAUAGCACAAAGAACAAUCAGACAGAUCAGCAGUACUUUCUUUACAACCUGCGUUACGCUGCUUCAUAUUGCUUAUUUGGGAUCCCCGAUAAUAAAGACACCAUAGACACCCCAUGCUUGACCUCAAAAGCCUGUGGGCCAUUCCGCGACUCCAUCAUUUACAACAACCUGAGCACAGAGGUUAAUGGUUAUGAUUAUUGUGAUACUUGGCCCGUUCACGACACGGCCGACUUUGUUGGAUGCACUGAAUGUCUUCAAGCUGGCGACAAUCACUUCAUCUCAAACUUCAUUACUGUUCUUCAAGCUGCAUGUGAGCAGAAGCCAAAGCCUGGCACGCUUGUCUCAACAGACGGAAAUAUAUUCUCAACAGAAAAUGUCAACAUCACCGCGCCAACACCAGUCGCUUCCUUGAACCCAGACUGGCUUGACCAGGGCCCUAUAAGCCUAGGUGCCAAAGUAGGCAUCGCUGCCGGAGGCGUGGCCUUGAUAUUAUUCACCCUUGGUUUCUGUAUCAUCUGGCGUGGUAGGAGACGGAGAAGGGCGUUCCUCAGCCAGUUGGAGACUAAGCAUGCCAAUUCCUGGCCGACUCCGCUUACGAUCCCUCGAGAAACACGAGAGACCCGCGACACCCCCCUCAGUCAGAAGCCGUUAAGAAGCUGGGAUGAGUCUCCAAUCAGUGUCCGGUCUGAGCAACUGUUCCCACCGCAUCACGUCUCGCCAUAUGCUUCGCAGUACAGCAGCCCCGUCAGCGCAACAGAACUCAAGCUCGCCCACUGGCCGGUCAUGGCUCCCAAUCAGCAGAUGACUGCAGCAAUGCAUAACCAGGCACCGUUCCCACCAAUGUUCCCGUCAAUGUAUCAACCAGAUCCAGGCAGUUCACAAAUAGGAGUUGCUCUGGGUGGAGACGAUUCGUCUGUCAACUCAGGCAACUCCAAGGGCAAGGGACAUUCCACGGAGGAGUAUGAGAUGACACCAGUGGACAACCCACACGCGGGCAUAGGCAUCUACCAGCCUGAACCCUAUCGAACUGGCGAACCCAGUACAUCCAUCCCGCAGGCAGGAUACUUCCCAGAACAGACCUACGGCUAUCCAAACCCAGGAUAUGGAUAUCGCGAUGAUCACUACAGGGGACGUAGUCCUUAG